AUGCAGCGGCCGCCCGGGCCCCCGGCCGAGCAGACCCCGCCGAAGAAGAAGAAAUACAGCCGGCACCGCAAGCCGCCCUACACCUACCUGGCCAUGAUCGCCCUGGUGAUCCAGGCCUCGCCCGGCAGGAAGCUGAAGCUGUCCCAGAUCAUCCAGGAGAUCGGCGCCCUCUUCCCCUUCUUCACGGAGGGCUACCAGGGCUGGAAAGACUCCAUCCGCCACAACCUGUCCUCCAACCGCUGCUUCUCCAAGCUGCUGAAGGAUCCCGCGAAGCCCAAGGCCAAAGGGAAUUUCUGGACGGUGGACGUGAGCCAGAUCCCCCCGGACGCCCUGAAGCUGCAGAACACGGCCAUCUCCCGGCAGGAGGCGGCUUCCUUCGCCAGUGACCUGGCCCCCUUCAUCCUGCACGGGCAGCACUACGGGGGGGGGUCCCAGCAGCUGCAGCCUGCAGCCAGCGUGGGCGCUAGAGCUCCCACCCCGGGGGCCGAUCCAGAGACUCAGGCCCCACGUCCCAGGCCCCGGCUGGACACUUCCUUUUCCAUCCAGUCCCUGCUGCAGAACCUGCACGAGGUGGACUUGAACGAGCAGCCUGGGGGUCAGGGGCUGCCCAGGCCGGGGAGGUCUCCACACCCGGAGGGCCAGGAGCCCUCUCCCUUCCCGCUUCCUUCCCCCCCUGCGCUGAGGGGCCCUGGCAUCCCACGGACUCGCUCCUCCUCUGCCUCUACGCUGCCCUUGGAUGAGAAGAGCCCAGGCAGCCCGCAGGCCCCGGCUCUGGCCAAGCGCCCCCGGCUGCUCCACCCCUUCCCGAGCAGCAGCUCCGACUCGGAGGGCUCCGCGGGCCGCACCCCGCCGGUGUCCCCCGGGCACCAGCUCCCCACCUCCUACGCCGUGGGCCUGCCCCCGCUCAUCCCCACUUGCUUUGCCUUUCCCCCCAUCCCUGGGCUGCCCUACCUCAGCUACUGCCCCACUGCCUACGUCAGCCCGGCGUACUGGGACCUCGUGCCUCAGCCCUCCACGGCGGCCCUUCCCCCGCUGCUGGGCGUCCCCAUGGACCUGGACGGCCCCUUCCCGGCCCUCCCCCCCAGCAAGGCCAGUCACGCCCCUCACCCGGCGCCUCCGCCCUGGCAUGCCCAGCAGCUGGUGCUGCCACAGUACGGGGGUUUCUGA